CUAUUAGCUACAUCUUCUAAAGCACCAGGUGUGCAACAACUGUCUACCCCGGAGGGCACUCUCUAAAACCAUAUACCACUAUUCAACAUCAUCACCAACUUUCAUCAACAACAUCCAGUCAUGAAGCGCUCUUCUUCUCGUGCCUCUGCCCCGUCGGCACUCAACAUCAGCACCACCGGACCCGUCACAAGCCCUCUUACCUCGCCCAAGUCUCCUGAUAGCUACCACGAGAUGAGGUUCUCUUACGAGUCCGAGACAACGGUGGCUCCCCGCAACAGCAGAAAGGAUUCGGGGAACACCACAAACUCUGCGGACCCAUCAAGGCCGCUAGGGAGAUCCAAGUCGCACAACAAGCAUGUCAACGCACACAGCUACUGCGGACGACACUCGACCGAGUACCUGUUCGGAGGCCACUCCAUCAGGGACCUCUUGAGCAACCUUAAGCACCGAAGGGACUCGCGGGAGUAGUGAUCCCAUCAUCCAUGGUUCUGGAAAUGGAUCAAAGUAUGUGAAGAACUCACUUCGGCUACGGGUUCGUCCGUCUGCACUGGCUGGAACAGGUUGCAUUGGGGGAACUUAAUAACCAGCUCAUCUCGAACAAGGGAGAUUGGAGGCUUUGGGAGGAAGCACCAAAGGAUAUAUCUCAUCCACGCUCAA